AUGACUUCGCAUCUCGAGCUCGGCUACAAGCAGCCGCCAGUUGCUGGUGGUCAGGUAGUCCCCAUCCGCCGACCUAUGAAGAUGACCUUCGAAAAUAUCAAGCAGCUUCGCGAUGACCAUGCCGAAGUCGACAGCGGCCAUCAAACGUUGCAGCAAGAACUAGCGGCCCUCGGCGCCUCACCGGAAACGAUGGCGUUACUCGAGCAUGUUCGAUCUGCUGCUAGACGCACCCAAUCCCACAGUCGCGACCUUUGGCGAAUGGUGCCCGCGCCGCAUCGACCAUCGGCGGCAUCUGCUCGAGUGGCAGAGAAAGCUUUUGAGACAGCAGAACUUCUGGAGGAGAUUUUGACAUAUCUGCCCUUGGACCAGAUUCUGACUGCUAUGCGCGUGCAGAAGUCAUGGUGCAACACAGUCAAAGGAUCAGUCAAGCUACUCCGUGUAUUGGGACUGGCUCCGCCUGCCAGCGAAAUUUUUGACUCUCCAUUCUCGAGUCGCUACAUCAAUAAACACGGCCAUACACCAGAAAAUCGUUUCAUACCAGGGCUCUCUCUCCCGAGUUUCAUGUCAUUCAGAGAAACAGACAUAUGGAAAGACUGGGACACAUAUUACCUGUACCAGAAAUCGGAAACGGAGCUCGCAGAGCACAUACGCAACGUCAAUCUGCUGGAUCUCACCAUACUGUGCAGACCAUGUCUUGGUCGAGAACCCGGUAAACGCAUCGCAAAGGUCGAAAUUUGUACUCCACGAAUUUGCGAGCUCUCCUUCGCGAUUACCUGUCCUUGCAAGGCCGGCAACUUCACUCACAAGCCUGCCACCUGGGAAGGCGAGGCAAAAGCGGUGACGGUCGAAACACUGGUCGACUGCACCCACGAGCUUUUGAGGACAUAUGGCCACGUAAAGAUGGAAUGCGUUGCUGCUGAAAUGAAAUUUCACGCCAAAGUCAAGUUGAGCGACACGGACCCCAUCGUUCUGCAUCGGAAACAGCAGAUGGAAGUCAUUCAAAAGGACCUUCGAGGACAUGGAGUUGGUCAACGAUACUCGUAUGCGACAAAAUUGUUUUUCAUUGGGCCGGGGAGGGAAGAGGGUCGCGGUUACGUGCACAACCGUGACACAACACGUUACAUUGAUGAAGAUGAUGAAGAGGAUGCUUCAGAUGAAGAGAGCGGCCAAGGUUCUGUACAUGAGGGAGACGAUGAAGAGUUUGAUGACGAAGAUGGACAGUCUCAAGAGGGAGGUCAAGAGUCCCAGGAUGAAGACGAAGAAUUUCAAGGCGAAGACGAGGAGGUCCAAGACGCGGAUGAAGAGCCUCAGCACGAGGCUGAAGACGAAGCUCGUUGA